AUGAGCGUCAGUACGCACAGUCAUCCAUCACAACCUCAUCCGGAAACUGCCUUCUCUCAGCCGCAUUUGUUUAGUCAAAGUCCGAGGACAGAGUAUGACAUCUCAGCUCUGAAAAAGAAACGAGGGGGUUUUGAGCUGAAUGUGGAAGGGAGCGUUGAUGUUGUGGCUAAGGGACUAAUUAGUCUUGCUGAUGCCCAGAUGUAUUUUGGAGCUUUCUUUCAGGGUUGUGACAAAUACGUUCCUGUCUUUGACCCAAGAUAUGAUACCUUUGAGAGUGUGAGAGAGCGGAGUUCGAUGCUAUUUGAUGUUAUUUGUGCGGUUGGUUGUAGGGCUGAGUGUGGCCCUGGAUCAGAUCAAUUUCAGUCCCUGUCCAACGCCACAAAAGCUCCAAUCUGCGACGUAAUACUCGGCACAGUCCCCAAAUCAACGGAGACAAUCCAAGCAUUGCUCGUCAAUGCCGGGUAUUCCGAGAAAGGAUGGCUGUUGACGAGUAUGGCGGCAAGAAUGGCAUUGGAUCUGGAUUUGCCGGGCUCAUAUACUAAGCUGAGCGCUUUAAGCUUUGAUUCGGGGGGCAACGAGAGGGAUAAGUUGGAAGAGGAAAGGUUAAUGAGAGAAAGUAGGGUUUGGUUUGGAACAUUCAUUCUCGAGAACAUAUUGAGUAUAGAUUGUGGAAAGAAACCAGGGAUAAAAGCAUCCUCUGGGGCGGGAAUGAGAAGGUGUCGGGUUUUGCUCGGGCAUCCGAAUCGGACGGCCUUGGACUUCAGGAUGCUAUCACAAGUGGAGGUGACGCUUGCUCAUGAACGUCUUUCCCCAACCAUGGGGACGACAUUCAGCGACGAUGAGAUGAGCGAAAUUGUGCAGGAGACAAGGAUCGAUUUGAGUGUAUGGCUGAGCGAUUGGAUGAACCUGGUCGACUCAAAUGUCGAGAACGAGGAAGAUAGAGCAAGUCUGCGGAUCAACCUCCAGAUCCAACGACAUUGGGCUGAGAUGACGAUGUUGUGUAAGGGUUUGCAAGGAAUGGGCAUUGAAAAUGUGGCCAUAAUGACAGACCCACAACGUAACCUCAUCCACCUGGCGAAAGCAAGCGCCCAUAGACAUCUCUCUAUUCUCAUCUCGAACCCUGCGUUGUAUCUUGCCACGCUUCGAUAUGGGAUGGACUUCGUUUGGGCUAAAUGCGCCUUCUCGGUCCUCCUCCUUCUAAAACUUGCCCGCCUUAUUCCGUCAUCAACCAACAUGUCCUCCCUGAUCGCCGACGCGAAGACCCUCCUCGCUGAACUCUCCAAAGUCCGCGGGUCCAGCAAUAUCUAUUUUCGCAUACUUUGCCUCAGCGUAGAGAAGUGCGAAAAAGCUUUGAAUGGCGAUUUAGACCAGAAUAUCGAUGCGAGUAUGAAUGGGGUCGAUGCGGAGAUGGACUUCCAGAGUUAUGUGCCGAAGGAAUUCAUUCUCGAGUGGAACUUUCCGGGGUUGACGUUCUGUUGGGAUUUUCAAGACUUGUUUAUGGACUUUGGGACAGGGUUUUGA